AUGGUGGACUUCAUGAAGAUGCUGCUAGUGGUGCUUUCUUGCAUAAUGUGCAAGGCUCACGUUGUUCAACGCAAGAUCAGCUACCCUCACCCUCCACCUCAGAAGUAUUACCGGUCAGGCAAUUUCUUGCUUGGUGUCAUUGUUUCUCAGACUUUAUUUGUUUCUGCUGAAAUAACCUUUACUGAAGAACCCACACAAUCAUUAUUUGAAGACCUUAUUGUAGUGACUAAGAAUUACCAGCAUAUCCUGGCCUUGGAAUUUGCCAUAAAAGUUAUGAAUGAAAACCCACAGAUCUUACCCAAUAUCACCUUAGGAUUCUACAUCUAUGACAGCUAUUUUACUGCAAAGUGGACCUUCUUUGCUGCAAUGCAACUUACAUCACAAUCAGAGAGAUUUGUCCCCAAUUACAAAUGUGGCAUGCAGAAUACCCUGGCAGCAGUCAUCGGGGGACUGGACUCUCAAACUUCCUUUCAUGUGGCAAUUACCUUGGACAUCUACAAGAUUCCACAGCUCAUCUAUGGCUGUGCUCCAGUGAUGAACGAUAACAUUUCAGGGCUAUCCUUCUACCGGAUGGCCCCUAAUGAAGUUCGUCAAUAUGCGGGAAUUCUCUCUUUGCUUCUGCAUUUCAGGUGGAUAUGGAUUGGGGUCCUAACCAUGGAUGAUGAUAAUGGAGAAAGAUUUAUACGAAUGGUGCUGCCAGGAUUUUAUGAGCGUGGCAUCUGUUUUGCCUUCAUAGAAAGAAUCCGUGACAUGAAUUUUGUUACUGACACUAAUGACAUACUGAUAUCAGGGAAAAGAAUACAUGAUAAAAUUAUGGAUAGCAAAGCCAAUGUAUUGGUGGCUUAUGGAGAAUCUCAUACCAUGUGGUAUUUGAGAUGGUUGGUAUAUUUAUCAGCAGUGGUGCCUGAGACAGCUACACCAAAAUAUAAGGUGUGGAUAAUGACUGCCCAGAUAGAGCUCAAUUCAGUGGCCUACCAAAGGUUCUGGGAUACAGAAAUGUUCCACGGUACUAUUGCGUUUGCAAUUCACUCCAAUUAUCUACCAGAAUUUCAACAAUUUGUUGAGACCAGAAGCCCUUCUAGCAACCAAGAAGAUGGUUUCAUUGGUGACUUCUGGCAACAGGCAUUUGGCUGUGUAUUCCCAAGUGCACUUGUUGGUGAAGUAGAUGGAGAUAUUUGCACAGGGGAGGAGAAGCUGGACAAUCUUCCUGGAUCUUUUUUUGAAAUGAGCAUGACUAGCCACAGCUACAGCAUCUUCAAUGCUGUCUCUGCUGUGGCACACGCUUUACAUGCCAUGUACUCUUCCAGGCCCAAUAACAGAGGAAGUGAAAAUGGAAGGGGACUGAAGUUUCAGAAGCAUCAGCACUGGCAGCUCCAUCAAUUUCUGAGAGGUGUUUCAUUUAAUAACAGUGCUGGGGACUAUAUUUCUUUUGACCAGAAUGGGGAGUUAGUAGCUGGAUUUGAUGUGAUCAACUGGAUCAUUUCUCCGAACCAGUCUUUUCAGAGAGUGAAAGUUGGGAGGAUGGAUUCUGAGGCUCCUCUAGACCAAGCAUUCACCAUAAAUGAAGAUGUAAUAAUCUGGCACAGCUGGUUUAACCAGGCACAGCCUCUUUCACUGUGUAAUGACAAUUGCUAUCCAGGUUAUAGCAAGAAAAUCAGGGAGGGACAGCCAUUUUGCUGCUACGAUUGCAUCCCAUGUCCAGAAGGGAAGAUUUCAAGCAAAAAGGACAUGCCUGACUGUUACAAAUGCAGAGAUGAAUACUAUCCAAAUAAAAAACAGGAUUUUUGUAUUCCCAGGCACAUCAGCUUCUUGUCUUAUGAAGAACCUUUGGGGAUCAGUUUAGCCUUCAUUGCUUUUUUCUUCACUUUCAUUACAGGUUUUGUGCUAGGAACAUUUAUUAGGCACCACAACACUCCCAUAGUCAUAGCCAAUAAUCGUAACCUCACUUACACUCUCCUUAUCUCCCUCCUCUUCUGCUUCCUUUGCACUUUGCUAUUCAUUGGCCGACCUCAGAAUGUGACAUGUCUCCUCCGACAAAUAGCUUUUGGAAUCAUCUUCUCAGUGGCUGUCUCUUGUGUACUAGCAAAAACUAUCAUGGUGUUUCUGGCUUUCAUGGCCAUUAAACCAGGAUCCAGUAUGAGGAAAUGGGUGGGGAAAAGUCUUGGGAACUCCAUUGUUCUUUCCUGUUCUCUUAUCCAAGCAGGCAUCUGUACUGCGUGGAUUGCAAGUUCUCCCCCAUUCCCAGAUGUGGACAUGCACUCAGUAAUGGGAGAAAUUGUACUUGAAUGCAAUGAAGGGUCUGUGACUAUGUUUUACAGUAUCCUGGCCUACAUGGGCUUCCUGGCAAUUGUCAGCUUCACUGUGGCCUUCUUUGCCAGGAAGUUGCCUGACAGUUUCAAUGAAGCCAAGUUUAUCACUUUCAGUAUGCUGAUCUUUUGCAGUGUUUGGUUGUCUUUUGUUCCAACCUACCUGAGCACCAAGGGAAAAAACAUAGUAGCUGUGGAGAUCUUCUCUAUCUUAGCCUCCAGCACUGGGUUAUUGAUUUGCAUCUUUUCCCCAAAGUGUUACAUUAUUUUGUUGAGGUCUGAGCUGAACAACAAGGACCAGCUAAUAAGGAGAACAUGUUGA